AUGUCACGUCGGACUGAGUUUACUGGUUAUACGCCGCAGCCUCCGAACCCUGGUGCCCAACUGCACCCAUCGCAUGGUCAGCAGCACCAUCAGCAACUACCUCAGCACCAGCAGCACCAGAACCAGACGCAUCAGCAGUCUCACGGUCCCCAUGGGCAGCACCCCCAUCACCAACCCCACCAGCCUUCACACCCAGCACAGCAGCAUCAUGCUACGCCUGUUCCACCCCCGAUGACCAUCCCGCAACCCGCAGUUGCGCCGUCUCAACAGUCGACUCCGACCCCAGCCUCCGCUCCGGCUCCGCGUGGUCGCAAGCGCGCCGCGCCUGGGCAUCAGCAGCAGGCCCAUCAACAGCCGCACGCGCCAACCGCCAACCCGGCGACUCCAGCUCCGACGGCUACAACUGGUACCGCCGCCUCGAGCACUCCUGCUCCUGCACCGGCCCCCACCCCAGUUUCCGCGGCGCCCCAACCGCCGAUGCAGGUCACUCCCGUCGCCCCGCCGGCGGUUCCCACCAAGGAAGAGGCCAGUACUCCGGUUGUGCCACCCCCGGCCAAGAAGAGCCGAACAAAUACCCCCUGGACCCCCGCCGAGGAAUUGCGACUUAAGCAGAUGAGGGAUGCAGGCAACAGCUGGGCAGAAAUUGCAAAGACCUUCCCGACGCGAACUGAGGGCAGCGUUAAGAAGCAUUGGUACAAGGAUAUGCACUACGCCGAGUUUGCCGAAGACGAGAGCCAAGCGCUCCUCAGCGCCAUCAAAGAUUACGAGAACAACAAGUGGAAGACCAUCGGUCAGAAAGUUGGAAAGCCAGCGAAGGCUUGUGAGCAAUAUGCCAAGGAGCAUUUUCCAGAACUCUUCUCUACGCAAAAGGCACGUUAA